GGCACGACGAAGUUCCUGUCCAGGACUCGUACCUGCGUGCGGAGCAAAGGCGGUGUUGUGUUGGAGCCGAGCGUGUCAGGAUGAUCACGGACGUGCAGCUUGCCAUCUUCGCCAACAUGCUGGUCGUGCUUUAUCAUUACGUGGCCGUCAACAAUCCCAAGAAGCAGGAGUGAGAGUGGCGCUUUCUCUGCCCGCAGGGCUCCAGGACAUAGUCUGAGGCAAGAUGGAGGGUGAGGGGCCUUCACACUUCAUCCCUUCCACCCAUCACGACAUGCAAAGCAACUACACCUGGAUUUUUACCAAACAACUUUAUUUCCUCAAAGUCUUCCUUAACCCUAUGGAACAGGAAGCUGCCACUUGAAUAGGGCCCAGUAUUAGGGGCUGCCUUUUUUUCCCCUGCUUCUUCCCCAGUGUCCCUCCAAUAUAAAAAUAUAGUUCUGUAAAAAAAAAAAA